GAAGCUUGGGCCCUUCUCGGCACCCGUACCUACACCCACGCGCGUACACACACACACACACACCCUUGUGGCGACUUUCCUGUCAGGCUCCGUUCCCCCGCGGGCUCCGGACUGACUGGGUCCCCGGAAGGCAUGGCUGAUUACUGGAAAUCACAGCCCAAGAAAUUCUGUGAUUACUGCAAGUGCUGGAUAGCAGACAACAAGCCUAGCAUUGACUUCCAUGAAAGAGGAAAGAAUCAUAAAGAAAAUGUGGCAAAGAAAAUUAGCGAGAUUAAAAAGAAAAGUUUGGAAAAGGCAAAAGAAGAGGAAAAAAUGUCUAAGGAAUUUGCAGCCAUGGAGGAAGCUGCGAUGAAGGCUUAUCAGGAGGAUUUAAAAAGACUUGGCGCUAAGGCAGAAUCUACUGGUCAGAGCUCAACACCAAAAAAACAGGAAGUGAAAAAAGGAAAGAAAGAAAAGAAGAAAAAACAGAUUGCAGAAAUUUCAUCGGAAACAAAUGAGUGGGUGCGGGGAUUCUCUGCAGAAGGCUAUGUGUAUUAUUACAAUACAUUAUCAGGAGAAUCACAGUGGGAGAAACCAGAAGGAUUUCAAGACAGUACUGAAGAAUCCCAAACGUGGAUAGAAGGAACAAGUGACAAUGGUCUUACUUAUUACUACAAUACAGAAACUGGAGCAUCAACAUGGGAAAAACCUGAUGGUUUUGUGUCUCACUCAAAAGAGAGCAAUGAAAAUAAAUGCCUUUCUAACAACAGCUUAGAAAUAGAAUCAGAAAGCGCAAAUGCAAAAGAAGGUAACGAAAAUGAACUACAGAAGCCAAAACAAAAUUUCCAGAAAAAGCCAAAAGGGGAUGAUAAGGUAGAGAAGAAGCCUCGCAAACCAAAAAAAAGUCCUUAUGGAGAUUGGCAGCAAGUGAAGCAGGAAAGCAUAGAUGAGGAGGAUGCAGCACCUCCUCUGCUAAAGCCAUCCCAUGCAGCAUCUCAAACAACUAAGCCUUAUGGCGAAUGGGAGGAAAUUAAAGAAGAGGAAGACCCAUAUGAAAAAGUUGAUUUGGAGCUUCCAGACACGGAACAUGACUCUCCUGCUGCUCCCGUUUUGGAAAAACCAGAGGAUGCCAAGAUGAUAUUUAAAGAAAAAACUGUUACUUCUCUUGGUGACACAGCAGAGGGCGUACCUGUUUUUAAAAAAAGGAAAUUUGAAAAUGGAAAAUCUAGAAAUAUACGGCAGAGACAGAGUGAUCACUGACCAUUGAACCUGAAAAUUUAGAUGUUCCUUUGGUGGAAGGAGGGAAAGGGUGAAACAAGGACAUAUUUUAAACAUUUUCUUUAAAAGAAAUGCUUAGAAACUAAGAUUUUUCUUCUUUUUUAAAAAGUGUCUGUAGUAUACAUUGUAUUAAACAUUUUAUUUUUAGGUGACCCUACUUUUGUUUGCUGUAAAAUUUGUUUCAUUUAUGUAGCCAUGUAAAUAUAAUAUUUUUACAUACUGUA